AUGGAUAGAAUAUCCAACCUCUACUUCGGAGCAUUGGGAAAACCGGUCGAGAUAUGUGUGAUUCGAAGAUGGACAUCGAACUUCAGGAAAAACGACACCUGGUUCAUCAUUGUGCACAAACAUGGAGAUGCAAUCCAGCUACUUGAACAAAAAAAAGAUGACACAGCUACAGAGUCAAAACUGCUACUCAAUGAAUGCUAUUGCAUUACAGAUUACACAUGGACAACUCCAGAUAAAUACCAUAAAAUUCUAGAUCACCCAGUUCACAUUAACAUUGGGGAAGCAUCAAAAUUGAAAAAAUAUCUGAAUGUCCAUCCCUACCAAAACUAUGGUUUCGUUUCCAACCACGUGCUCACUUACAAACCAUAG